GAGAACGCGGUCACAGGGGACGGCCGCAGCCCAUUUGCUGGGCUCUAAUUUCCCCCCAAAUCCACUUCCCUCAUUCGCCUGCCCGCCCCUCUGCGGCGUGCCACAGGUUCAAACUCCGCCCCGCUUCCUCACCAGCAACCCUUUUCUCUCUCAUUCUCGCGCCCCGAGGCCUGACAUUAGGGUUUCUCCUCCAUCCCAACCCCAAAUUUCUCCCGCCGACGGAUCUACGUUCUGUAGUGAUUGCACCGGUCGUUGGCGUUGCUUGGCUUGCUGGAAGCCGCCAUGGCUUCCAAAGAUUCAUCUUCCGCUUCCGCUAAACCCUCGCAGUCUCAGCAGAUUGCUGUGGUUGGAGAAGAAAACUACACUCCUGCAGAUGUUAUGGAAAUUAUUGAUUCCUUGAAGAAGCAAGUGUUUUAUGAUCGUCGUGCUUACAUUAAGAAAAAAAUGGAAGAGAACAAGCAGAGUCUCAUUAACAUGACACAACUGGUUUAUAAUCUAUCGUUCAGAAAUUGUUCGGAUCAUAAUAAUGAUUUACAUGCAGAUUUAUUAACUAGGAGACAAGAUGACGCCUUAUGUACACUAAAUAGUCUUGAACAAUCAGGAGAAAAGGAUAGUGGUAGUUGCCAAGAAGAAAGUUCAUAUGCAUCCACAGCUGUUCUUAUUGGCAACAAUUUUGGUGGAAAGAAUGUUCAAUUGAUCAAACUGCCUGAAGUGCCAAAAUUACCUCUCUAUACUACAUGGAUAUUUUUAGACAGGAACCAAAUAAUGACUGAGGAUCAGUCAGUAGUUGGUCGUAGAAGAAUUUAUUAUGACCACAAUGGUGGUGAAGCUUUAAUCUGUAGCGACAGUGAGGACGAUAUUGUCGAGGAAGAAGAGGAGAAAAAAGAAUUCGGGACUAUUGAAGAUUUCAUUAUUCGUUGUUUGAUUGCUAGAAAUCUUUUGUGUGGAUUGAAGACUUGUAUGGAAGUGUUCCAGUACAUGAACAAUAUUCAAGAUGAUGGAACUUACAGGACAACUGAUGGUGUGAUUUCUCUAAUCGAAGGGCAUGGCAAGGUUAUUGAAUUGAGAACAAGGUCAAGGUUCUUGAGAAGGCGUGGUAGAGUUCGUCGCUUGAAAUAUACAUGGAAAUCAGCUGGCUACCAUUCAAUUAGGAAAAGGAUUACUGAGAGAAAGGAUCAACCGUGUCGCCAAUACAACCCUUGUGGUUGCCAAUCUGCUUGUGGAAAGCAAUGUCGUUGCUUGCUUAGUGGGACAUGCUGUGAAAAGUAUUGUGGGUGUCCUAAAAUUUGCAAAAACCGUUUCCGAGGUUGUCACUGUGCUAAGAGCCAAUGUCGAAGCCGUCAAUGCCCAUGCUUUGCUGCUGACAGAGAAUGUGAUCCUGAUGUUUGUAGAAAUUGUUGGGUGGGAUGUGGUGAUGGUACCUUAGGUGGCCCUAAUCAAAGAGGAGACAACUAUGAAUGUCGCAAUAUGAAGCUUCUGCUGAAGCAACGGCAAAGGGUAUUACUUGGAAGAUCUGAUGUUUCUGGCUGGGGGGCGUUCCUCAAGAAUAGUGUUGGUAAACAUGAAUAUCUGGGUGAAUAUACCGGGGAAUUGAUCUCUCACAGGGAAGCUGACAAGCGUGGAAAAAUCUAUGACCGGGAAAAUUCAUCCUUUCUCUUUAACCUCAAUGACCAGUAUGUUCUUGAUGCCUACAGGAAGGGCGAUAAAUUGAAGUUUGCCAACCAUUCUCCCGAUCCAAACUGCUAUGCUAAGGUUAUCAUGGUAGCUGGUGAUCAUAGGGUUGGGAUAUUUGCAAAAGAAAGAAUUGGCGCAGGAGAGGAACUAUUUUAUGACUACCGUUAUGAACCUGAUCGUGCUCCUGCUUGGGCCAGAAAGCCUGAAUCUUCUGCCUCAAAAAGGGACGAUUCACAACCAUCCAGUGGCCGAGCAAAGAAGCUUGCGUAAUUUUCUGAACAUGUUACUUAUUUUUCCUAUCCAUUGACACCCAUUUUUUGGCCAAUUGUUUGAAAUUAAAUCAUUGAUUCUAAGCUAAACAAUUCCUUCUGGGGGGCAUGCGGAGUUUCUGAUAUUAUGUAUAACAUUCCGUAGGCCAAUUAUUUGGUGCGCCAUCUAAUUGACAUUGACUCGCUUAAUCUGUUGUAUCAAUAUUAUGUAUAACAUUCCGUAGGCCAAUUAUUUGUUGCAAGAUGUUGAUCUCAUUAAAAAGGGAUGUUAUUUCAAUUCA